AUGGCCGAAGAGCUCGACGUGCUCAUCCUCGGCGCCGGCCUCUCAGGCAUCAACGCGGCGUACCGCGUGCGCACGGAGCUGCCGAAUGCGUCCCUCGCGGUGCUCGAAGGCCGCGAUAUUCUCGGCGGCACGUGGUCCUUCUGGAAGUACCCCGGGUUCCGCUGCGAUGCCGCCAUGACCAACUUUGGCUUCAACUGGCAUCCGUGGACGCACGAGCGCAAGAUCAUCGAGGGCGAGCGCAUCAUCGAGUACGUCGAGGACGCCGUGCGCACCCACGGCCUCGACAAGCACAUUCGCUUCGGCCACCGCAUCCUCUCCGCCGACUGGGACUCGGCGACGGCGCGCUGGACCGUCGAGGUCGACCACGGCGGUCAGCGAAAGCGCUUCCGCGCCGCCUUCAUGCUGCUCUGCACCGGCUACUACUCGUACGACCGCGCCCUCCAGGCCGCCAUCCCGGGCCUCGACGACUUUGCCGGCACCGUCGCCCACCCGCAGUGGUGGCCCCAGGACCUCGACUACGCCGGCAAGAACGUCGUCAUCGUCGGCUCCGGCGCCACCACCUGGACCCUGUUCCCGACCAUGGCCGAGACGGCGGCGUCCGUCACCGUCCUCCAGCGCAGCCCGUCGUACGUCUUUGCGCUGCCGAGCGCGAGCCCCUUCGACGCCUUGCUGCGCCGCCUGCUGCCGCUCUGGCUCGCCCACCGCCUCGCCGCCGCCAAGGACCUCCUCCUCGAGGUCCUCUUCGUCGGCUUCCUCCUGACCUUCCCCUCGGCCGCCCGCAGCUUCCUCGCCAAGGAGGCCACGCGCCAGCUGCCGCCGGGCUACCCCGUCGACGUGCACUUCAACCCGUCCUACAAGCCCUGGGAGCAGCGCCUCUGCAUCAGCCCCGACGGCGACGUCUUCCGCGCGCUGCACCGGCCCAACGCCGAGAUCGUCACCGACCACAUCGACGCCGUCGUCGCCGACGGCGUCCGCACGCGCACCGGCCGCCACCUGCCGGCCGACGUGCUCGUGACGGCGACGGGCCUGCACAUGGAGCUGCUCGGCGGCAUGGCGCUGCGCGUCGACGGCGCCGACGUCGACCUCGCCGACUGCUACGCCUGGCGCGGCUGCAUGCUCGAGGGCGUGCCCAACGCCGCCGCCGUCAUGGGCUACGUCGCCGGCACCUGGACGCCCGGCGCCGACGCCGUCACGAGCAUCGCCCUGCGCGUCUACGGCCACAUGCGCGCCACCGGCGCCGAGCGCGCCACCCCCGUCGUCGACCUCGACGCUGCCGAGCGCAAGGCCGCGCCCAAGCUGCCCGUCAUGGACAUGAAGAGCAACUAUUUCGCCGUCGCCAGGAACAGGCUGCCCAUGUCCAUGGAGAGGGGGCCUUGGUAUGGCAGGAAGAACAUCGUCAAGGACAAGGCGGCCCUGUGGUUCGGUGACGUGACGACGGGGAUCCGCUACGACGGGGGCAAGGUGAAGAGCGUCUAG